AUGAAAGGCCUUCUCUUUCUUUCUGUUUUCUCUCUCUCUCCUUUCUUUUUCUUCCAGCGCGCCAUGUCUGGUGCCCAUCAUAAGCGCAUUAUCGGAGACGGGGCGUAUACCGGUAACCUUCUUCCUGUUCGUUGGUGUGUUCUUUUUUCUUUUUCUUUUCGCGCUACAAGCGAUUGCUGGUUCAAGCUUGGCUUCAAAUGGCGUUUCCCGUCUCGUGUUUUGGCGAGUGGAAUUUCUAUGUGA